AUGGACCAAUUAUUCAAAGUUAUCCUGGGCGGCGGUCUGGCCCACUUCAAAGACAAGCAGACGGGCGGCGGGAAGCGAGGCGACGGCAUGAACCUCAUCGAGGACUGGAAGAGGUCGAAGCAGAACCGAAAGUUCGUCACCAACAGGGAGGAACUGCUGGCCGUGGAUACCAACGCUACUGACUACCUUCUCGGGCUGUUCGCAGACGAUCACAUGGCCUACGAACUUCACCGCCAGGAAGGUUCCUUGAAGCAGCCGUCGCUAGUGGACAUGGUGACCACAGCUGUGAAGCUGCUAAGAAGAAACGAGAACGGGUUUGCCCUGAUGGUGGAAGGAGGUCGCAUAGAUCACGGUCAUCACGAGAACCGGGCCGUCCUCGCUCUCCGGGACGCCGUAGAACUGAGCAACGCAGUGGCGGCGGCGAUGGACCUGACCAGCCCCAAGGAGACCCUGGUUCUGGUGACCGCCGACCACUCGCACGCCUUCACGCUCAACGGCUAUGCCCCGAGGGGCAACUCCAUCCUCGGCAGCGGCGGGGUGUCCGAGAGUGACGGCAUGUCUUACACGACUCUCUCGUACGCCAACGGACCCUCGACAACCAGGAGAAAGAACGAGACCGACACUGAGUCGUCAGACUACCAGCAAGCAGUGCUGGUACCCCUGAAGCAAGAGACCCACGGUGGCGAGGACGUGGCUCUGUACGCUUCCGGCCCGAUGGCGCACCUCGUCCGCGGAGUCCUGGAGCAGAACGUCGUGGCGCACAUCAUCGAGUACGCGGCGUGUCUUGGCGACGGCACGACCCGCCGCUCCAAGUGCCUCGAGUCCUCCUCUGCCCCGUGCCGACUGGACUUUGGCCUGUGGGCGGCGUUGGCCGCUUUCCUCCUGGUCUUUAGGUAGAACCCUCUCUUGCCUUGAGCCGCGCUCACACUGCUACUGCAUCGUCCAAAUGACACUCUGCAGACUGUCUGAGGCAUGUUCCGUCCUCGUACGACGGCCCUUUUACGUUGGUCAUACAAAAAUCGGCAGCGACCUUUAUCUGCAAGGUUCC